UGCAUUGAAUGAAUUGUUUGAUCAUGUGACUUGGCUCCAAAUACAAAAUGGAGAAUGAACAGUCAAAUAUGAAAAUUUUGAAGUAACUUCAUUAUACUGCUUAUGCAGAUGUCAUAAAAACUUUAUUUGUUUCGAAGUGAGAGACGAAAAGUAUUUAUUUACCACGUGUUAUCUAAAGUUCGUAAUGUCGAGUCGAUUUAAAAGCAAUAAAGUGUUGGGGAUGGACUUCUCGGAUGACAGUGAUAUAGACUCUACAGUGACCCCAAUUCAACCUCAUGAAGAUGCAGGUCAUGGGCAAAUCCUUGAUUCUGAUUCGCUAUCAGAUUUUCAAGGUCACAUUGAAGAAAGGAGGAGCAAAGGUCGAAGGCUUAAGAAAAAGUCAGACCUCAGUAGAGAGAAGUCUUCUAUUGAAACAAAAGAGCAAAGGUCACAAAAGAAAAGCAACCUUCAAGAUCCCCCAGAUUUAAGCAGAGGAAAUCUCAAAGAAAUCUACAAGGAAUUGGAAGUUAUCAGUGAAAAACUCAAGGAGGAGAACAGUAUUCUACAUGACAGAGAGAACAGCCUGAAGGAGAGAGAAAGAAUGUUGUCAAUCUCUCAGGAAAAUCUGAAAACUGUUGCUGACCUUGAGGUCAAACAGAGAGUCUCAAUAAUAGAAGAGAAAUACAAGGCAGAGUUAAUGAAGAUAGAGCUGGCAUUGAAAGAGAAGACAAAAGAGAACAAGAGAUUGAAAGAUAAUUUUGAGACCUUGAAGCUAGCCAAUGAUGCUCAGAGAAAAGAGCUAGAAGCUUUGAAAGGUCAGCAUGAAAAAUUAGAGAAGCAGUCAUUAAGUGUCCAGGCCCGACUUACAAACUUACAGAGAAAGCAAGAUUUUGUUCAACGGCAACGUGAAGCUGACCUGUCACUCCCUAUGGCUGUACCUAAGUCCAAACCCCAGCCAGACUAUCCGACUGAGGAUAAGGAUAGGCCAAAGUCAACUAAAACACAAAAGUUACCAGUUACCACAUAUGAAGUGAUGUCUACUCUACUAGAUUGGGUUUCUGAUUCUCAGUUACGAUAUACAACUAUAGACAAUAUACUGAAACCUGUUGACCGAGUGGCAACACAAGAAUUCUUGCAGGAAAAAGUCAUUAAGAUUUUACCAGCCCUUGUAGAGAUGUUGAAGGAGUUCCCAGGACACAACCUGAAGUUAUGUCUGCCAUGUUUACAGUUCACAUACUGGGCUCUCGUACAUGUAGAACAAAGUCAAGGUCAACAGCAGAAGUCAAAUCUUUCUUCGACAUUUCGGAGGCUUGGAGAGGAAUUGUACCGGUCCAAGACAGUACGUUUCUACGAUACGGAUCCCUACACAAUCACCGACGUCACAACAUCUCCAGUGAAAACUGAGAAAAACCGAGAAGGAAUAUACUUCAGAAGUUCAAAUAUGCAUGUUCGAUUGUUGUCAUCACUGAUAAUCUUACGUACACUGUCUCAAGUUGAUUUGUUAGCCCAUGUGUUUGAUGUAUUGAAAGCUGAUUUAAAGUCAGAUGUGGCAAAAGAAUUAUUUCUGUACUACCAGGGCACCACUGUUGCCUUACAGUUCCUAAAACCUGUAAAUAAACCAUUUAUGUCACCAGCUAUGGAUAUAUUCCUGCAAAUGUCAACAGAUUCUCCCUUUCUCCCUCCAUUUCUGGAGAGCUGUAGUAAUGAAACUUGGUUCCGUACUGUUGCCAUGGUUCUCAGGGCUCCAAGACAGGAUAUGAAGCUUCUAGAGAGAUUGAGCAUAGUCCUUCAGAAGCUUUCAAAAGUCAGGACAAACAAAAGAUUCUUUGAAGUUUACACAAUUACUGGAAUUAUACAGGAACUGUUAAGAGGAUGCUCCAAUGACCAAGCUUUCCUGGCUCUCAAUUUAAAGUCAAUUCUAUACAAUCUCAAUUCUGGAACUUGAUGAUGAAACUAUGGAAGUUGGAUUUGAUUGGACAUUUACAUUUAGCCUAUUUAUAGAUACAUUGACAUGUGACUAUGGAAGUUGGAUCUGAUUGGACAUUUGCAUUCAGUGUAUUUAUAGAUACUUUGACAUGUGACUACGGAUGUUGGAUCUGAUUGGACAUUUUCAUUCUGUCUACAUGGUCUAUUUAUAGGUACAUUUACAUGUGAUUAUGGAUAUCAGAUAUGAUUGGACAUUUUGCAUUCCAUUCUAUUUAUAGACAGUAUCUGUGAUUUAUUAGAAACUGUAGCUUCUGGGUGACUGUUCAGCCCAGUUGUCAAAUUCUUAUACAUGUAUUAUGCUGCUAGAAAAUAAAUUGUCUUUCUUGUAAUG